AUGGCGCGGGCGCUGCGGGCGCUGGGCGAGCAGCUGCAGGCCGAGGCCACGUGCCCGCUGUGCCUGGAGCUCUUCUCCCAGCCCGUGCUCACCGCCUGCGGCCACAGCCUGUGCUCGGCCUGCGCUCGGCUCCUGCUGGGCUCCCCGCCGCGCCCCGCCGCCUGCCCGCAGUGCCGCGCCGCCGUGGAGCCCGGCUCGCUGCGGCCCAACUUCCCGCUGGGCGCCGUGGCCGAGCUGGCGGCCGCCGUGGAGGAGGCGGCGGGGGAAGAAGCGAAGCGGCCGCGCUGCCCCGAGCACGACGAGGUUUUGGAGCUCUUCUGCCACAGCUGCUUUCGGGCGCUGUGCCCGCGGUGCCCCCGGGAGGCUCCGCGCUGCCGGCAUCGAGCCCGGCCGGCGGAGGAAGCCGCGACGAUAAUGAGGGAAACACUCCAGAGCAAUCUGGCAUUUCUAGAGAAAGAGAAGGAAGAGUUUAAUCCCGAAGGAGAAACCAGAAGUAACGUGCUGAUGGGGACGGUGGCCUCAGAGCAGCAGAAGCUUCGUGCUGCCUUUGAGCAGCUGCAGCAGUUUCUGAAGGAGCAGGAGGGCACUCUGCUGGCCCAGCUCGAUGAGGCACACGAGAGGCUGAUGGAGCAGCACCAAGAGUACGUCUGCCGUGUUUCAGAGAGGAGGAGGCUGCUGGAGGAGCUGGUUGUGGAGAUCCAGAAGAAACGUGACCAGCCGGCAGUUGAGUUCCUGACGGAUAUUGCUGGCAUUCUGGACAGGUGCAUGGAAGCGAAGCUCCCUGUCCCAGAGCCGGUCUCCCCAGAGCUGCAGAGGACAGUCAGCAACCUGUGCAAGACGAGCGAGCAGGUCCAGGCUGUGCUGGGUGACUUCAGAGUGAACCUGCUGAGCAAGUUGGACACAGAAAGAGUGAAGGUGUUGCUGGACCUCGAGACAGCAAGCCCGUACCUGACCAUCUCAAGUGACUGCAGAACCCUGCAGAUAGCAGAAGGACAGCAGGACCUCCCUGACACUCCCAAGAGGUUUACGGGCACCGCCAGCGUGCUGGGAUCUGAGGGCUUCACGGCUGGGAGGCACUACUGGGAGCUGGAGGUUGGGGAUGGGAACAACUGGGCUGUGGGGGUGGCCCUGGAGUCUGUGCAGAGGAAGGAGCCACUCAAGGUGGCUAUGGAGAAGAUCUGGGCCCUGCGGAUGGACUGGGACAGCAGCUACACAAUGCUGACCAUGCCGCCCACCCCGCUGAGCCUGGAGGAAGAACCACGGCGCAUCAGGGUCCAUCUGGACUAUGAGGCCGGGCAAGUAACCUUCUACAACACUGACAACAUGCGACAGAUCCUGCAGUUCAAAGUCUCCUUCAGCGAGAAGGUCUUCCCUUACUUCUGGCUCUGGCUGCCAGGAACCUACAUCAAGCUGUGCUCCUGAUGGAGUCGGUCACCCCUGCUCCCCUGCCCACGUCCUGGGUUGAUGAGCAUGGGGAUGGCACAGCAUCCAUGCAAACUCACUGCACCUCUGCCCUGGUCGUUGCUGCACUUCCUCCUGCUGAGUCCUUCAGAGCAUUAAAAUCAUUAGAAUUGUA